AUGGGAACCUGUCUGGAUUGGCUGAGUCUUCUGAAUGCUCUCAAUGUGACCAUGGGACCUAUUGUAUGGGGUCAGGAAAUGUGUCACCAACUGGCUCUUGCAGUGCUGGAUUCUUGUGUUUUGGAGGAGCUGUCCUUCCCUCCCCAAAUGAUAAUGAGACUGGAAUACCGUGUGCAACUGGGUCUUACUGUCCAGCUGGAACAGUUUUAUUGCUCAGAGCCAGGUCUGACCACAGUCAGUGGACCCUGCUUGCCAGGGUUUUACUGCAGUGAAGGAUCUCAGACUUCAGCUCCCGUGUCAGCCGUGUAUGGUGAUAUUUGUCCUCCAGGUCACUACUGUGAAAUUGGUAGUGCUGUGCCAACUCCCUGCCCAGUGGGCAGCCGGCGCCCUGAUAGUGGGGGAAAGGGCACAGAUGAUUGCAUGCUUUGCCCUGGAGGUCAGUUUCAGGAUCAGAAGGGGCAGAGUGAGUGUAAACCCUGUCCUCCAGGUUUCCAUUGUAUCAACCUCACAAGAGGCUUUAUGGGGGUCAGCACUCCUUUGGUCUGUCCUGAAGGCUUUUACUGCCCCAAUGAGACUCAGUCUGGAAACCCAGUUCCAUGUCCCAAAGGCACAUACAGUGAUUCUCUUGGCCUAAUUUCAGCAGAGCAGUGCCUGUUGUGUCCUAUGGGACAUUUCUGCGGUUCAGAUGGACUCUCUGAGCCCUCGGGGCCCUGUGCUCCUGGAUUCCUCUGUUUUGUGCAGGCCACAGUUCCCAACCCCACUGACAACAGCACUGGCACUUUGUGUCCACCAGGGGCAUACUGCCUUCUGGGAACAAGAGCAGGUGAAUGUUCUGCGGGCUACUACUGUGACUGGGGCUCUAACAGUCCGGAGCAGAGCCUCUGUCCUGCCAGUUUCUAUUGCCCCACAGGCACACACAAGCCCCUGGCCUGCACUGCAGGCACUUACAGCUCCGUCAUGGGCAACAGUCACCGAGAAAAUUGUGAGCCAUGUCCAUUAGGCUACUACUGUCAGGGCAUGUUUUGUGCUCGCCAUGGUCUUUCAGAGCCUACAGGGUGCUGCCAGGAUGGAUUUUACUGCCCUUCGGGUGCCACAAGUCCCAACGGCACUGGAAAUAUUGAAUCUACAGGCAACAGCAUGUGCCCGCCUGGCCAUUAUUGCCCAACUGGUAUCGGCUCUCCUCUCCCAUGCCCCGCUGGAACAUUCUCCAGCUCCCCAGGGUUGAGUGGGGCGGAGCAGUGUCAGCCGUGUCCUCCUGGGUACUUCUGUGAGCAAACUGCUAUGGUGUAUCCAUCAGAAGCAGCUCUCUGUGAUGCUGGAUAUGUGUGUAUCAAUGGCAGUCGUAGUGCUCGACCGGUAGAUGGACUGCAGGGUUAUAUUUGUCCGAGCAGACACAGUUGCCCCAUUGGUACUCCAUUGGAAGUGCCUUGUGAGCCUGGCACAUACAGCAGUGCUCCUGGUGCUGCCCAAUGUCUCUCAUGCCCAGCUGGCACUAUGUGUCCUUCCCCUGGCACACAGGAGCCAUCCCCAUGUCCCAUGGGUCAUUUUUGCCCUGCUGGCACUGCUGCAGCUGUACCCUGUCCUGUGGGCACACUGGGACAGGUUACCAGAGCUCAGUCGGAGGCUGCCUGUGUGCCCUGCCCUACUGGCCUCUACUGCAGUUCACCUGGAACAUCACAACCACAGGGCCAGUGCCAGCAGGGUUCUUUCUGCCAAGGAGGGUCUCCAAAUCCUGCUCCUCUGAAUAUAACUGGCUACCUCAGGAAUGGCCCCUGUCCGCAAGGUCACUUUUGCCCUUCUGGAACCCUAAUGCCUCUGCCUUGCCCAGCAGGCAGCAUUCGUAACCUCACAGGGGGUUACUCCAUAGAAAGCUGUCUUCCCUGCCCAGCAGGGCAUUACUGUGCUAGCGAAGGCCUGGAUGCUCCAACUGGACCCUGUGCUGCAGGCUUUUACUGCCCCGUAGACUUCUCCUCCACCACCCCGCACGCCUUCCUCUGCCCCAAGGGUCAUUACUGUCCCUUGGGCUCAGCCCUGGCCUUGCCCUGCCCCACGGGACAGUACCAGCCGAAUCCGGGCUCGGAUAACUGCAUCCCCUGCCGUCCAGGCUAUUACUGUGAGGAGGCAAUUAUCGGAGACCCCCGGCCUUGCCCGCCACACUCCUACUGCCCUGCAGCAACAAUGGUUCCUCAGCCCUGUCCCAAUGGCACAUACACCCCACUUGAGGUCGGUGGUUUGCAGGAGGAGAGAGAGUGUUUGCCGUGUCCACCAGGAAAGUUCUGCAAGGCUGGCCAGGUGAAAGGCCUGUGCGCUGCUGGAUUCCUGUGCAUCUCUGGCAGUUCAGAGUUCACUCCUCAAGCCACCUUUCUUCUCAACAGAGACCAGUGUGAGUGGGGAGCACAGUGUACUGGACUGUGUCCUGCUGAGAUGUUCACACUGUCACAGAGUGUGUUUACUCCUGCUCCUGUGUUUGGACAGGCUUUUAUUGCCCUGAAGGCACAGAGGAACCUUUAUCUUGUCCUGCCAACACUAUAA